UUUUGUUCGUUCCCCAGUAAUACCCUUUCCGUCCGUAAUCAAUUCAAGUGAGGGUUUUAGGUUUAACCUUUAACCUUUAGCCUAAAGCCUCUUCUUCUUCUUCUUCCUUGUGUGUGUUGCAGUAAGUACCCAAAUCAAUGUUCACACUCACUUCUCCUUCUUCCAGGGCCUUACCCAUGGAUUCUCUUCCCAAAUUGCGCCACCCUUCUCCAUUUCCCACUCCCUUAUCCUCUUCCCUCUCCUUCCGCUCUUUACCGCCACCCCAUUUUCCUUCGUCGUCGUUUAGGUUACCCUCCAUCAGAGCCUCCUCCUCACCCUCCCAAAACGACCCCGCUUUUCGUACCCCGAGAAACACGCCCUCCCUCCCCCCCCUCCUCCAAACCCUAACCUCCUUCCUCUCCCCCCUCCUCGAAACCACCUGCAUCGUCAUCGCCGCCGCCGCCUUCUUCUUCAUGCGCUUCCACCACACGCCCGCCGUCAUCGCCGCUCCGCUCACUUCCCCCGCCGCGGAAACCGACACCGCCUUCACCCAGGAGGAAGCCGAGAGGCUUCUCGAAGAGCGUCUGAGCACCAACCCUCGCGAUACCGAGGCGCUCCACGCGCUCAUGGAGGUCAAAAUCAAAGCGCGUAAGAUGGACGAAGCGUUCGAGGUUUUGAACCGUCUGAUUGAGCUCGAACCGGAGGAGCAGGAGUGGCCGCUCCUGAAGGCAAACAUGCACAUCUACAACGACGACCACGCCAGCGCGCGCAAACUGUUCGAGGAAAUCCUCAAGAAAGACCCGCUCCGCGUGGAAGCGUUUCACGGCCUCGUCAUGGCGACUGCGCAGUCCAACGAGCCCUUGAAAAGUUUGUUGAAGAGAGUGGAAGAAGCAAUUGAGGUGUGCAAAAAGCAAAAGAAGGAUUCCGAUGUUAGAGACUUCAGGCUCUUGAUUGCGCAGAUUAAAGUCAUGGAAGGAGAUUACACUGAAGCACUCAAGGCUUAUCAGGAAUUGGUGAAGGAAGAGCCUAGGGAUUUUAGACCUUACUUGUGUCAGGGUAUUAUUUAUACUCUCCUUAGGAAGAAAGAUGAAGCUGAUAAACAAUUCAAUAAGUUUCGCAGGCUUGUUCCCAAGGACCAUCCUUACAAGGACUAUUUCGAGGACAACAUGUUCGCUACCAAGUUCUUCUCGCAGAAAUUGGAGAGGGAGGGAGCUGGUGCUAGGGGCUGAGAAAGGUUAUCACUCUUGUGAUUGUCACAGAGCUCCUAAUGAGUUUUUUUUUGUCUUAUCUUGUCCCUUUUCCUUAUACUGAUAUUCAGGUGUUGCCAUAGGAGGUUAUUAGUUUAAUAGUUUUUAGUUUUUCCUCGUAAUAAUGGUUGGAAAUUACUGUUGGUUAGGUUUCUGGUGGAUAUAAAUGGUAGGGUUAAUGAAGAGAAUCUAUUUUUGUGCAUUGGUUUUAUUUUUUAUGGCGUUAUGUUUCAUUUGGAUUGUAGUUUCG